AUGUUGCUUCCGUUUCUAUCUGGGUUUUUAGGUUGCUAUGAGAAAGUUUCAAUGAAUUGGAUUGAGAUCAAACAGCUAGAUCAGAAACGAGUGAGAUUACUGUCUUUGUUUCUAACCACUGUGUUGAGUGAGAAUUAUAGCGAAGAUAAGUUUACGAGCUCGAAGAAGGAGUUUUUGGUUACGUUUCUGUGCACCAUUGUUCUUGAGCUUUUCUACUUCCCUGAGUUUUCUCUUUGGAUGGAUUUCUCUUUGUUGUGUGGUUUGUUGCUUUAUGUUGCUGUUAUAGAAUUGGAACCUGUGAAUUCAGAUUAUCAAGAGAUCGGGAUGGAGUCACCUGAGUCGUUUUCCACCAUGUUUAUGAAGCCUAUCCGCCACAUUUUGAGCGAGAAGAAAUCCAGAAGUAUUGCGCUAUUUCUUCUGAUCAACACGGCGUAUAUGGUUGUAGAGAUCGUGGCUGGAUUUAUGAGUAAUAGUCUUGGACUUAUAUCGGAUGCUUGUCAUAUGUUGUUUGAUUGUGCUGCUUUGGCAAUUGGGUUGUAUGCGUCGUAUAUCUCCCGUCUUCCUGCAAACCAUCAGUUCAACUAUGGUCGAGGAGAUUUCUACAAACAGUCUUUUGGUUGUUUCGGUUGGAGGGCUUCUCGUGAAUGUUGUUGGGUUGAUCUUUUUCCAUGA